GUAAAUAAAUGGAUGAUAAUUACCUAUUUUUUUCUUUCUCUCUGUCUUUUUGAAUAAAAUCGAAUGAUUUUCAUCGUUUAAAUUUGGACACGUCCUAUAUGAACGGUCUUUGUAUUUGAAUACACGUGUUUUUUUUGUGGAUUUAUGUUUUCUUCUGUUUUUUUAUAUUUUAUAAUACGAUAAAAUGGGAAAAGCAUCUGGUGUUUCACGGCGAAGAUUGAAAGCCGGAUCGUUUCAUUAUAAACGUAGUAAUAAACUAAAACGUCAACGAUUACGUGUACUACGUAAAUGUAAUACAAUCAAUUGUGAUGCCAUACGUCAAUCGUGGGAUGAUAAAAAAUCACUUAUAAAUAAUAUGAAAAAUAUGGGACUUGCAGAAGAUCCGAAUAAAUUAUUGAGUGAUGUGAAAUUUCAUGAAAAAUAUAAAAAUCCUGCAUUGAAUAAUGAUCGUAACGAUAGUAUUGUACAACGAUUACAUAGAAAACUUGAACGAAAUCAUCGGAAACGAAAAAUGAAAAAAUCAAAUGAAUUUUCCAUCGAUGAUAUGGCACAGAAUGGAAAACCAAUGACAACGAAAACAUCAACAACAGUUGUUGAAAAACUAACCGAAUUGGCAUCGAAACGUAAGAAAAAUUUUCGUUUUGGCCCCGAACAGAUAAAAUUCUGUGCAUAUAUGAUUGAAAAAUAUGGCAAUGAUUAUGAAGCAAUGUGUCGUGAUCGACGAAAUUAUUAUCAAGAAUCUGUUGGACAGAUUCGUACGAAAAUUCAAAAAUUUCUUGCCAAUCAAUCACAUAGAAAUGUAUAUGAAACAGCUAUAAAAAUGUGUGAAACUAAAAUCGAUGAUGACGACGACGACGACAACGAUGAUGAUGACUGUUAUUGAUGUUGUUGAUGAAUUUUGUUGGAAAUUAAUUGUCAAUCCGAUUAGUCAUGGUUUUCGUGUUUUUUUUUCGUAAAUAGCCAUUACAUUUUCUAUCCCAUCCAUCCCUAUUUGCACCAUUACCGAUUUUUGCUUCAUUAGUCUCAAUGUUUAAUUGAUUUUUUCAUUUUUCCAUAUUUUUUCAUUAUUAUUAAACAAAAAAAAAAAAAAAAAUACCAGAACCAUGACUGAUGGCGAUGGUGAUGAUAGAGAUUAACCUGGUGCAAUGUAUGUGUCUAUCCAAUAUACCACGAACAGAUUGUUGGUUUUCUUUAUCGAAGAAACAAAUGCAUAUGUGUGUGUGUAACCAUAUAUCAAUCAAAAAAAAAAAAAAAAAAAAAUGACAUCCACGUAAAAUUCACCUGUAUAUCCUGUCAAAAAAAAAAUUAAAUUAAAUUUUCGAAAUUUUUUUGCUGCUGCUGCUGCCAUAUUUUUCAUAUGACAUAAACAUCGUGUUUUGCUCGUGUUUUUCAGAUUCA